GGCAUCCCACCUCCACGUGGAAUUCUGCUGCAUGGUCCUUCAGGUACAGGGAAAACCCUUAUUGCAAAAGCUGUGGCUGGGGAGUCUGGUGCUCACUUUAUUUCUAUCAAUGGCCCUGAUAUUCUAAGUAGGUCCGUAAUAUCAUUUUAAUCUAUUUAACAAGAAGGUUCCAUGUUGUCAUGCAUCUGUUCAGUUAUAGAUCACAGGUGGCACCAUAAUGUGGUAAGAACCAAAAAGUGGCACACGAACCGCAAGCGAGUGUGCCACUAAUGUUUUUACAACACAAAUGAAUGGCGUGCUGGACAAAACAAAGAAAAUAAUUUUCUCCUAACUUCAUCCGCGUGUCUGUACGUAAAUUGAUCAUAGCUGAUGACGUCCAAUAACAGUGCCUGUAGUACAUGUAUUCAUUAUAUCAAGACAUGUGAUUGUUAGCUUUUCUGCUCUUGCAUCUUAAAAAGUGUUAUUUUUACAGUGAAACCUUGUUAUUGUGACCGCCAAAAGGCCAUGGAAAACCUGGUCAAAUUAUCAAGGUUUCUGUCGGUAACGCUGACUUGAUUUCGUGAAGUUAGGUCGGAGCAAUUUAGGUUUCUGGGAAACUGCCCACCUACCCCUCCCCUAAGUCAUCAUUUUGCCCUAAGUGAGAAGUAAGUGUUAAUGUUAGCUUAGGGGAGGGGUAGGUGGGCAGUUUCCCAGAAACUUAAAAUUGAUCCGUCAGGUCCACAAGAUUUAUGGUCAUAAUUCCAAGGUGGUCAUGUCAAUUAGCCUGCGAACCGCAGACGUCGUCGCUAACCGGAUGCUCUCGCAGGUGACAUGUCAGUAGAGUGGUCGUGAGGUUGAUGUCCACUGUAUAAACUUGAAAUCAAAUUUAUGUAUCGCAUUCAAAGCAAUUCUUUCAUUUUUUUCCUGACAGGUAUUACGGUGAGACAGAGGCUCGUCUGAGGGACAUAUUCCGUGAGGCCCAGGAGAAGGCUCCUAGUAUUGUAUUCAUAGAUGAGCUUGAUGCUUUAUGUCCCAAGAGGGACAAAGUACAGAAUGAGUUUGAGAAGAGAGUCGUGGCCACCUUGCUUACCCUUAUGGACGGAGCUACUUCAGUUGUAAGUUGAAUAACGUUUUAAAACCUUAGGUCAGCAAGUUAAUCCCAACAAUUUUUGCUUCAACCCAUCAAAAGCUCUACCCAGUUCUGGGUAGUAACGCUCCAUCAAUGUUGAAUCUCUGCGCUCGUUUCUCAGUCGUCAUAAUUUUCGCGAGGGCACCAGUGGUGGCAUCGCGAAAUGUCGGUUGUUUUCUGAGGCUAACCUUCACAUGAAACAUCGCUUUUUCUCGUUUUUUUCUCCUAGAAUUUCUCAACUGGUCACGUGCUUGUAUUGGCGGCCACCAACCGGCCAGAUGCCUUGGACCCAGCCCUUCGCAGACCAGGGAGACUGGACCGAGAGAUUGAGAUCGGCAUCCCUAAUGCUGUUGAUCGUGAGGAUAUUCUGAGAACGCUUUUGGGGACUGUGACACAUAGCCUCACGGAGGAGGAAUUUGCCAGGUAAUAAAUAAGGGAUGGUGGGCAAGAAUUAGAUGUAUUAUAUGGCGAUUUUAUGGCUGGUUUCACGCGGAGCGGGCAAGAUGAAGAUAAUACUAUGUUCUGAUUGGCCGCUUGAGCGGACAAGAAGGGUUCAUCAUGCCCGUUUCUCGCAAAACAGAUUUUGUUUUGCCCAUAUAGUAAAUCCUUUAAUGAGUAAGCUUAUUUGCUCAAGAUAACUUUAUGUGUCCUCGUUCUUUUCUUUCCUUUUUUUUUGCAUAUUAAAGAGCUUUAGAUUCUAAGACGAGGACGACUACGAUUACGGGAUUUUAUUAAUACUAAGUAGAGCGCGCGCGUGAACCAGCAUCAUUUUGGCGGGAAAACGUGAUAAACGUGGCGGAAGCAGGUUAUCAAAUGUUGCACGUUUUAUAAUUCUGCGCUCGGGAAAGGGUUUAACCUGCUUCGAUAAAAAUAACUGUGCUAACUUUUCUGGAGAAAAAAGUACAAUUAAGUUUUCUGAGGUAAAAACGCGAACAAAAAAAACUUUUGCCAGUAUCCAGCCAUCUUCACCAAACAAGCUUUGUCCAUGACGAAUUUAUCUGUGCUUUUCACAUUGCACGUGUCAGGGCUGUCAAUAAUAGUUAGAUCUAAGUUUAAACUCAAAAAUUAACAAACCUAACCCAGGCCCCUUUUACAAUUAUAUAGUAUAACUUAAAAUAGUCUUGUAUAUCCUUUAAGAGAUUAAGUACUUCUGGGUUCGAUAGGGGUCGAUUGUGGGUGGUUGGUACCUUGCUCGAGACCAUAUCCUUCAGCUAAAUUACUCAAUAACUUAUGUCCUCUCAGCACCCGGACAUGAGGACACCUAAAACGUCUAUCAUACUCUAAAGCUUGUCUGUUUUCUUUGACAGGUUUGCAGAAAUGGCGCAUGGUUACGUAGGAGCGGAUCUUGCUGCCGUGUGUAAAGAGGCGGGGUUAAAGGCAUUCAAACGCUGUUUAGCAAAACAAGAGAUGACGUCAUCUCUUAAUAGUACUGUCAGCGAAGAGACCCUCAAGGAUAAGCUUCUGGUUACAAGAGAUGACGUCAUCGCCGCGUUUGCGCAGGUUGGACCAAGUGCUAUGCGAGAAGUUGCCAUCGAUGUUCCUAAGGUGGGUACCCUAGAGUGUGAUUGAACCUUGCCGGGUGAGAGUAGCGUAGAUCUUCUCCUUGAUAAGAAACACGCACGUUCCACUGUUUCCUAAUUUGUUCUGACCAAGACUUUUUUUCCUAUGUGGUUUUUUAAUGGCUGUUCCUUUAGUCACAAACUUGCAAUAAGAGAGUUGAGAGAAGUGCGAUACUAGCCAGCCACGUGAUAGGCCUUGAAUUGGCACAGAAAAACAAGGGGAGUGUUAAAUUUCCCUCACUUUACACUCACCUCGUCAGUCCUGCCUUUAAUUUUCUUUGUCUUGGAUGUAUCACACAGCGGCAUUAUUCCUAACGAUCGUAAUAUAAUUUUUUACAGUCUUGAUUUUUAAGUUCCACUACAUUGGUAAUCAACAUGUUUUAUUUUGUUGUUAACCAUGUUUUAGGUUCGUUGGGAUGACAUUGGAGGAAACACUGUUAUCAAACAAAAGCUAAUGCAAGCAGUUGAAUGGCCCCUGAAACACCCAGAGGUGAGGAUGACAACCUACCCACCCCUUCCUUUAACACUUUCACCUCAUGAACGAAGGGAAUAACAAAAACGCCAAACACAGCACUGUGUACUUCCCCUUAUUCACUUUUCAAACAGUGGUGUGGGGACUGACCCGUCCCUAGUUAUCUUUCUUCCCGCGUGGAAGGUGCCCGUGGGAGAGCCUCCGCUGCGCCUUGUAGUAGCCUCCCGUGGCCUUUCCUUGACCGCCUACAAAUGAUAAGAGGCCGCUGGGGACAAGUGAGGUGUGGGUAAGAUCAUAUUUUCUGCUUCUGUGUUGCAAAAUGUGUAAGGAAGGCAGUGCCAACUUAUGUGAAUCUUACCGUUCAGCCAGUUACAAAACAUAGAUCGUUAAAGUACUUGCCCUGUCGGUAUGCUAGCUUGUGACCUCAAAAUCCACUUCGGUGAAGAUCAAAUUGCAUGUUUUUGAUUUGAUUUUGUUUUUUUGCAGGCAUUUAAGCGGCUUGGUAUCAGCCCUCCAAGGGGAAUCCUGAUGUACGGACCUCCAGGAUGCAGCAAGACCCUUGUAGCACGAGCAUUGGCUACAGAGAGUGGACUCAAUUUCUUAGCGGUGAAGGGUCCUGAGCUUUUUAGUAAAUGGGUUGGUGAGUCAGAGAAAGCUGUAAGACAGGUUAGUUAGGCCCAGUUCAAACGUGGAACCUUUCAUGUACCAUUUCUUGUACCAUGUUCAUGUACUUUAAAAUACCUGUUUGGCUCGACCCAAAUGAUACAAGUUGGACGGUUAAUUCAAACGUCGAAACUUAAUAGUCGGAGUCAAUUCAUUUUCACGAUGUACAAAUAGUACAAUGAUUGACACUGCUUACCAGUCAAGAUGAAUUAUAGUUAAUUGAUGCAUUAGAUUCGGCAAAUGAAAAGUUCGACGUUUGAAGUUCUUCAGGGGUCUCAUUAAGGGCCGGGCACCGCGCAAACUGGCCGCCUGUGAAUGCAACUUUGCCCUGCUGCUUAACAUCUCAAAGAACUUUUUUUAAUACAAGGAAUGAUCAAAAACAGUUUUAAGUUACAAUCGUGCCCUUCAUCGUCUGAGUUUUCUCAAACAUAAAACAUACUUUACCGUCAAAUUUCCACUUUAUCACAGGCGGCAUGAAAUCCCCUUGUUUGUUGAGUGUUGAAAAAUAAGAAUCGUCCAUAAUGCAUUACGAAAAGAACUGUGCUCUGUGCACUGAUUAAAUUGUCUAGAAAAGUUAUCCUUUUUUGGUAGAUGAAAUACAUUGUCUGCAGCUUCAGAAUUCAGGAAAACACAUCUCUGCGGGAAAGCGUGCCCCCAGAUCCCCCUGCCCGAAGGGCCUUGCCAAUUCUUUGCCCGGGUGUCAAACUCAGUUGCCCCCCUGUUCAAAAUUUUAAAGAAACCCCUGGGUCUUUGAAACGAAGUCGGUCCAAAGUCGAAAUUCCUUUGUGGGUCACUUGAACUCAAUUCAUGGUAGACCCAAAUUAGACAUGUCGGACUGAACUGAUUCAAACAUCGAUCUUUUCAUAGUUCGACGUUUGAACGGGCCUUAGUUUAUCAUCCAAACCAAAAAAUUGUGCACUCACCAAACAUCGUUGCUCCUUCUUAAGACAGAAAUUUCAAUUUCUGGGCUCGCUCAUACACAAGCUAGAAACCGAAACGUGGACUUUUUUCAUGUUUUUUCCUCCUUUUUUUUCUCCUUUUUUUCAGUGUGGUGGUUACCUUUCUUUGUCAACUCAUUUGAUAAAGAUUGUGUCGUUUCCUUAUGGUUCGUUUGAGAAAUUGUAAGCUAACCACAUUUUUGGUCAUUUUCUUGCCAGGUUUUUCAAAAAGCCCGCGCUGCAGCGCCCUCCAUCGUCUUCUUCGAUGAAAUAGACGCCCUCGCAGCUCCCCGUGGCAGCGGUGGAGACAGUGGCGUCUCCAGCGUGUCAGAUCGCGUUCUAACGCAGUUGCUAACAGAAUUAGAUGGUGUUGAAACGCUUAAAGAUGUCAUAAUGGUGGCGGCAACGAAUCGUCCUGAUAUGAUUGACAAAGCGUUACUCCGCCCUGGAAGAAUAGACAGAAUCAUUUAUGUUCCACUCCCGGAUACAGAAGCUAGGAAAGAAAUUUUUAAAAUUCAUCUUACUAAAACUCCCCUCGGAAACGAUGUGGUGUUACAAGAUCUGGCGGAAAGGACAGAAUUGUUUUCAGGCGCUGAAAUUUCUGCUUUGUGUCGCGAAGCAGCGUUGGGAGCGCUACAAGAAGACAUUGAAUCGUGUGAAGUACACAUUCGACACUUCAAUUCAGCUUUUAUCGCAGUGAAACCUAGAACUUCCCGGGAGUUGAUUGAACUUUACAAAAGAUACCAGAAUGAAAGUGGCGUUCAUUCUAUUUAG